AUGGGAGCUGCAGUGACAACUCUGCAUCUGCUAGUCGCCUUAGCUGUGGCGAAUGACAGCGGGACAUGUGCAGCGGAUGGAACUUGCUAUAGCACAAGCUCGGACCAAGCCUGCCGUGACGUGCUUGAGGUCCUGCCUGCUGGAAGCAAGAAGAUCUGGACUCGAGAUCUCCCAGCUGUUGUGGCAGAUGCAAUUCCUGCCACAAAUUGGGACAUGAGGGCUUUCAGCUACGAGGGGAUGCGAAUGGAGUUUGGUGACACGGCCUUGAAGGUCUUUAGCCCGGCGCAAGCAGCGCUGCUGGACGGGCAAACCUCUCGCAUCCUUCCGUUGAGGAACAUUCUGUCCAAGUUGAAUGGUUCGCAGCAAAUCUAUGUCUUCGACAACGACUUCUUCCAAAAUGUCUCUGCAAAGGAGCUGGCACCGAUACCCGACUGGCUUCGGAUGUCCAAUGCCAAGGCGUUUCUGACGCUGGGAGGUCCACGGUCUGGAACGCAAUUUCAUGCCCAUGGUCCGGCCUUUCUACUCUUGGCCGCAGGGAAGAAACGUUGGUACCUGCACAGACCCGGCCAUUUUCCAAAUGCCUCGGUGGCUGCUUUGCAUCGUGCGAUGACUGUCUUUGAGUCAAAGGUCCUGCCCAACAUGAAAUCGCCCCCGUUACAAUGUGUACAGAGCGCGGGAGAUGCCAUUUUUGUCCCGGAUGGCUGGUCGCAUGCUACCAUCAAUGUGGAAGCGACCCUCGGGGUGGCCUGGCAGCGCACCACGUCCGAGAUCAACAGCUGCACUUCGGGCCAGGAUUAUUGGUGCCUGGCACAGGCCUUUUCGACCGCGGAGAAGUUGAGCCUGAAGAAGCAAGGCGAGCGCUACAAGGAACUCUUCCAAGAAGCGGAGCAACUGACCAAUGGUUUUCCUGUGGGCUUCCUUAGACACUUGACGCCAUAUUGGAAAGCAUCUUCUGAUGCGAAGGACACCUUCAAGAACCUUCGGGCAAAGGUCCUGAAGUUUUUGAAGGGAGCAAAGGAGAACUCCGACGAGGCAAUCCUGGCGGCGGCGUUGCUGAAACGUUUGGCGGACGUGCUAUUCACGGUGAGAGGGGAUGCGAGGCGGGCCUCUGAUCUCUUGGCUGCGGCGCAGAAAAAGGCACCAGAGGCAGGUUUAGGUGCGGCACUCGCGCGGCUGUUGGGGCAGCAAUAUCGUUGGAAGGAGGCUUCCCAUGCGCUGGAGACGCAUCUGGCACAUUUUCCCGAGGACUCGGGAGCAGCUUUGAUGUACGAACAGGCGCUGUUGAGGGAUGAAAGGGUUGUUUGCGCCAAUGAUGAAGAAGUUUCUGAGGUCGAACCGUGGCAGGCAUUGAACCUCCCUGCGGCAUACAUUUUUUUCUACGAGUUGGCGGCUCAGGCGACAGGUCGCCAUGCCAUGCCCAUCCAGCAGCGUUGCGAAGUGCCCCCGCUGCCGGUGAACUAUGCCUGGCGCGCGGGGCUCACGGAAUCGGUCGCCAAGAGUCUGCAGAAAUGCCUCAAGGCCUCUGGCCUUUGCGUGGUUCAUGGAGCGGGUGGCAUGGGCAAAACUGUGGCCACUUGUGCCACUAUCCAUCACGAAGAAUCCUUGUCAGAGAUGUUUCCUGACGGAGUGGCAUACGUCACCGUGGGCCAAGCACCAGAUCUUGUGAAUCUGCAAGCACAGCUGUUGCGGGCCUUUGGUGUUCAUGAGCCGCCCAGCGAUCUAUCGGAUGGCUAUGGCAAGCUGUUUGGUGCCCUGUCGGGUUUGAGAGCCCUGAUUGUUUUGGAUGAUGUAUGGAUUGCCCAACACCUCGAGCCGUUUGCUCCCCUGAGAGGUCGCCCAAAGUCAUGGCAAGGCAAUGCCGUACUCAUCACGACACGGAAAGCAGAUCUCUUGGCAGCCGAAGUGCUUCGCCUGGGUGAAAUCACUGAUGCCGAAGCCAAGCAACUCUUGGGCCUUGAAGGAGACGCGUCGUUGUCCAAACUCGCGAAGCUUUGCGCCCGAUCACCCUUGGCGCUCUCCAUCCUGGGCGCCACAGGGCGCAUGGAGAAGCGAUCUCACGGAGAUCAGAGGUCGAUCUUCACCUCCUUUUGCACUGAGCUUGCAGCGCAGGAAAAGGAGGAGCCAAACGCCAUCAAACGUUGCAUAGCCUUGGCGGCGAAGCGGCUGAGUCAAGAGGAGCGAGAGCUCUACUUGGGGAUGGCCGUGUUUCCAGACGACGUCCUGUUACCUGUGGCCGCUUUGCGUGUGAUCUUCCCCAGCAAGGAUCUGGGGGCCUUGACUCGCUUGGAAGAACUCCACCUCAUCCGUAUGGAGUGUCUCAGUGGUGGUGGAGAUGUUGACCAUCGCCGGGUCCGUUUGCAUGACUUGUCGCUGGAGUUUGUCAAAGACCAAGCUGCCAAAAAGGUGGCUGAGAAGAAACUCCAUCAGGAACUCAUUGAGAAUUACAGCGAGUGUUUGGAGGCUGCAGAAUCAACAAACGAGAGAAUUGCUCGAUGGAGGGAUACCGUGGAGUUUCGCCAAAUUACGACAAUGGUCAGUCAGAGCUGGAGCCCGGCAAAGAGUUCCAUGCCUGUUGGAGUCAUAGAGAAGGACACCGUCCUCUUUGCCGUCCCCAAGAAGGGAAGGAUCCACGAAGAUGUCAUGAAGAUUCUGAAGGGUUCAGGCUUCGACGCUAAACGUCCAGAUCGCUUGGAUGUGGCCAUGUGCAAGGAUCUCCCAAUCAAGCUGGUAUUCCUGCCUGCAGCCGACAUCCCAAGCUAUGUCAUGGAAGGCAACGUGGACAUUGGCAUUUCUGGAAGCGACAUGCUCGAAGAAGCAAUGAUUGAGGCCGGAUACUUGGACGACGAUGCACCAGUUGAGGUGGUGCUGAAGUUGGGCAUCGGAAAGUGCAAACUCUGUCUGCAAGCGCCGGUGCAUCUUUGUGAUAGACCGGCCAAAGACUUUGUCGGCAAGCGCGUUGUCACCUCCUUCCCUUCACUGACAAAGCGCUUCUUCGAUGGCUUGGCAAAGGACAGGCACGAUACUUACAUCAAGGAAGUCUCGGGAUCGGUGGAGGCAGCUUGCGGGCUGGGCCUGGCUGAUGCAGUGGUUGACCUGGUCGAAACUGGUACCACCAUGAAAGCUGCAGGUCUUGACAUUGUGGCCGAUGUCCUGGGGACUGAGGUGCGACCCCAGGAGUGGUUGUAA